GGGACGGGCCGGGAGCGCCGCGCAGGCUGUGGCGGGAGCGGGCCAUGCUGGGCCGGCGGCGCGUCUUCGCUGUGGACGGCCGGGAUGGGGCCGGCGAGGACCUGGCACGUGGCUGCGUAGUGCCAGGGGUCACCAGCACCUACAGACGCAUCCCGGACGUGGUUCAUGAGUGCUCGGCAGAUUCCUGGCAGUGGGGUGGUGAGUUGAGAGGCGUCGAGAGGCAGGUGACGCUUCUCAAACUGGCCUCCCGGGACUCAGGAGUGGAGAUGGCAGUUGGGGAUAGCCCCCUGGCCACCUUACCAGGCCUUUCUCAGGACUCUCUGGACUUUGAGGCCCUGGGGAGCCCUGAGCUCCCGGCCCAGCGAGGCCGGCUUCUGGCCAGCCGUAAGCUGGAGCAGGUGCUGGAGCGGUCCCACCGGCCCGCCAGCGUGUCAGGACAACACCGCCCCCUGCGGCCACCAAGCAAGCCAGAGUGUGAAGUGCCUCUUUUUGGAGCAGGGGAACAGGAGUCCACUGAGGCAGACACAGAUGGAGAGGCAGGCCUGGAAGCGACACAGGUGGUGGGAAGCUUGGGGCCCGCAGCCUGGGCCUGCCUCCCGGGGCAGGGUCUCCGCUACCUGGAACACCUGUGCCUGGUGCUGGAGCAGAUGGCACGGCUCCAGCAGCUCUACCUGCAGCUGCAGACCCAGAGGCCCCCUGGGGAUCCUGCCGAAGAGGAGUUGGCUGUGGCCCCAUUGCCUUCACCCUCACAGCCCCCAGGCGAUGCGGUGCAGGGGCCAUGGGAGCUGCAAAGCCAGAUGGAAAGGACAGGGACAAAUGCAGCCAGCACCAACCCUCCCAGGCUGCCAGGGGCCCCAGUGGAGCCAACUCACAGCUUUCCGUGCUGCCAGGGACACAAGCGGGAUACCUCCCACUGGGACAAGGUCAAGGUCCUACUCAACCGGAUCCGCUGGAAGAGCCAUCAACAGCCUGAGUCCCUCACCCCUCCUGGCAGUUCCGGCCCCAGGAUUGAGCCUAGGGACCAAAUCCCUGAAAGGCCUCAGUGCUGCAUCCACCGGAAAACCUUUAUGCCAUCAUUAGUGGUUAAGAAGCAACGAGCAAAAAACCUUUCUGUAUGCUGAGACCUCUUGGUGCAGCAGGUGACCCUGGGUGGAGAGGAUUGCCAUGAAGUCUUCCUCACCCUUUACCCAGUUGCUGCUUCUCCUCACUGCCAGGAAAAGCUGUUGACACUUGCCCUUCUCCCCAAGGCAAGGGCUGAAUCUUUCUCCUCCAAGCAGCCUGGCAGAGGAGCCCUGUUGCCCGGAGAGGCCCCCAAGAUCUGGCAGCUCUAGGGCUUCUCCUCCUUGCCAGAAUCCCUGGACAUAGAUAAUGUGAACUAACUUAUCAGGCAUCUGUGGAGUGUGUUUGGCAUGGUCAUCUGUCUGAGCCCAGCAUGUUGCAGAUGGGAAAUUGUGAACAAUGAGUCUCUCUGUGGGACUGCAGUGUUGUAAACUGCCUGGAUCCAACCAUCUCCUCUGGAAUCGUGCAUCCAAAGGUUGGUCUUUUGGGUGAGAUAACUGCUGAAGGAUGGAACUGACCUUCAUUCCGCAGUGGGCGGUUCCUGAACUUUCCUCCUCAUGGCUGUGCUGGCAGCUCUGGGACAGAGCAUGGCGCUGCCUUGGCUGCCUCUGCAUGGAGUCUUGCCCCCUGGAGCAAAGCCCUGGAAGACUGCACCAGGAAUGGGGACGAUCAGGCACAACAUGAGGAACAGCUGAGUAACGUUCAGAGUCCAUUCUCAGCUGCUCUGCUCCAUCCUAGCUUUUACAUGUCAGAACUGAAACCAGAAACUCAUACUAGUUUUUAGACCCUGACAAAUUCUCAACUUUCCUGAGCCACAGCUUCCCACGUGGAACAAUGAUCCUGCCUUACCUACCUCACAGGCUUGUUAGCAUAAAAUGAGAUUAAACUGCCUCAAAGUG